AUGAUACGAGCGCGCGACCCCCGCAUCCGGCAGCGGAUCAAUCAGAUCUCCCAUAACCUUGAGACCGCCAACGAAACCGCCCAAGAAGGCCUAUACGCUUUCUCCCACAACUAUAUCUCUCCCUGCUUCACCUCCAUUGGAGAUUGUGUCACUGCAUGCACAGCCCCUUGCCUGCCGAGCCGGGAAGACCACCUCCGGCGACGACGCCGCGGCCAAGCAGAAGCGAACUUCGAUUUCUACGACGAUUGGGACAACGAAGAAGAAGACGAUGGGUUACUAGGCUGGGGAACAGGAGAACUCGACCGACUGCUGGCUGGGAGCGGGCUGGCGCGCGGUCCUGCCGACCAGCCGCGUCGCCCGCGGCGGAUGAGCUACGGGACACGCAACACAAGGCGCAGGAGCACCGUGCACAUUCCAGACAACCGUGUCGAUCCGACUGUUAUUCCAAGCUCGUCGCUGCUGGGAUUCUUAGAGCGUUUUCCUUGGCGAUUCGGCGCAAGAGGCGUCAAGUACCGCCCGUCUGCCGCUGAUUUACAAGAACAUCCCGGUGCGCGACGCUAUGCGCACGAAGACGAACCGUUGAUGGAAGCUACGGAUGAUGAGAUGCCGAUUUCGCCUACGCCGAAUCGUAGGAACCGGAGUGCGACGCAAUCCUCCCGUGGGACUGAGAACUCCCUCAGCUCGCGCGGUGAUCUAUUCCCCAGCGACGAGGAGGAAGAUGCCGUGCCCUUGGAUGAUGAAUUUGCACUUGCUUUUGGGCGUCGGGGGACUGGGUUGGAGUCGGAUGAUCAGUCAGGACCUAGAUCUGAAAUUAAGUCUGGGUCUGCGUCUAGUCUGGGCGGUGAUUCGUCCAAGAAGACAAAACGCAAGAAGAAACGCUCUGCCAAACGUUCACCAAGCUACAAUGAUUCUGUUCUUCAAAGCGUGGAAACCCCGUCAUUAGCCGAUUUGAAAUCGGAAGAGCAACGCGCGGCACAAGAGGAAGAAGCGACGAUAGCGAGGAGGCGACUUGCAGCACAAGAACUGGCUUUCAGUCGAGGCCUUGAUACGGGCGAUAAGCCUGCAUCAUCACAUCCAAGUAUCCUGUCACAAGACGAAGAUCACCCGCAUACCCCGAAACGAACCUUCAGCGAGUCGUCCAGUCGUCGACUAUCCAACAACCAAACCGAACCUUUCCCUGCUCUCUCCAUGUCACCCUCGUCGCUGGCUAUGGAUUCCGGCUUGUCGAAAGCUUCACCGCGAGCUAUGUCCCCUCACGAACUGGAUGAUACUGGACCUCGUCAUUGA